UUAGAAAAGAAACAAGAAAAGUCUAAUAUUCUAUCACGAAGAGUAGAUUACCAGCCUUUAUAUUGUGAUAAAAUGGUAACUCAACAACACACUACACUAUUGAAAGCUAAAAAUUUUCAUUUAUGUGCCAUGCUUGUGAUUCUGAUUGAUACAUCUUUAAGAGAUCGCAUUCAAGAAUGGAUUGUAAUAGAUCCUUUAGCUCAAAAUAUCAUCAAUUAUUUAAUAAGCCCUACAGAUGAUGACACAACUAACCACUUUGAUUAUUACAA